AUGGAAUCCCUCAUCUACCCUACUUACCAAGAUUAUACCACUGUUGAUGAUCUGCCAGAUCCUGUACCUGUUAGCCCUUUCUACUGCUCCUGGUCUAUCCCUCUCUCCUUCGACUUCUCCUUCCCGGAACUGGAACUUCCUUCCUCCUGUCAGUAUCUAGUUAACUCCUCUCCAGGAUUGGCUACUAUUCCAGCUUUAGAGACUUUUACUGGAUCAGUAUGUCAGGACUCUCUUCCAACUCUCCCAAAGCUCACCCACUUCCCAGAUACUCUAAAAGUGGACAUCUCACUGCCGGCUACUACUAUCCACGGUCCUACACCACCUCCUUCACCGCUCCCUACUCCAGUUCCAUCACCUACAGGACUAUCCGAUCAAUCUGUUACUGCACAGUGUCUUUACGACGAGGGACAGUACGAUGACGUCUUGUCCUAUCUGGAAACAACAUACUUCCCAUCCUCAGAUCACUCCUUCCUCCAGAACAUUUACUAUUGCUCUCUCUACGAGCUCUUCAAGAUCUCCUCUGGUAAACAGCACCUCAUUCCCUCUCAGAAGUACAGACUGAGGAAGACCAACCCUCUCCCCUCAUCCAUCUCAGCUGUGAAGUUCAAAAGUAACAACCAGUUUGACGACAAGGUUAAAUCCCUGCUCCUUGCCGUGUUCAAGAGGGAGAGGACCCCUUCCCAGGAGACUAUCCAGAUGUUGACCGAGAAUACCGGACUGAGCGAGAAGCAGAUCAGAAACUUCUUCAAGAACAAGAGAUCCAGGGGAUGA